CACACCCUCCACCUGCAGACUGCUUAUCAUGCCGAGACACCUCCUUGUCUUUGUCUCUUCCAGCUGGCACACAAUAGCUCCUCUGAAUACUGAACAUAGGCAACACACAUACAUCUAAGGAGGGAUAUUCGGGGGAUUUCUGUCAAGAGGAUUUUCACAAAGUUCACAAUCUACAUGACUGCUGAAACAGUCUGGAACCAUGGAGUCUUCAGAAUUUUCCACGCUGUCCUCCAUGAGGGGAGAGUUUAAAUCAGAGGAUUAUAUUCAGCCCCACUACAAAGAGUCAUAUCGCCUGGCGAUUGAUCGCCUGGUGUCUGACGGCAGAGACAGCUACCAGGAGUUCCUCAAGGGUGAACGUAUUGGAAGCUUCUUGUCAGAGGAUGAGCUCCUCUUCAUCACUUCAAAUGCAGAAAAGCUCCCACCGCAAAAACACACAGAGGAAAUCCAGGGUCCACCUGACAGCCAAUCAUCCUCAGGUACCUACUGGCCCGUCCACUCAGAUGUGGACACUCCAGAUUUGGAUUUAGGAUGGCCAGAGGUCAUUAACGAAACAGAACUACAAACUAAUAUAGAUCUGAUCUUUCAUCCGCCAAGACAAAAUAACGCCAGCAUCAAAGAGGUAGUCCGGAAGCAUAUUCAGGAUGCAAGACAGGUCAUUGCCAUUGUGAUGGACAUGUUCACUGAUGUCGAUAUAUUCAAAGAAAUAAUUGACGCCUCUGUACGAGGAGUCCCAGUCUAUGUGCUUCUGGAUCAUUCCCAUCUGAAAAGUUUUCUCACAAUGGCUGAAAAUCAUGAUGUAAAAAUCCAUCAACUCAGGAACAUGAGGGUGCGCACUGUGAAAGGCCCGGAUUACCUCUGUAGGUCGGGAGCUAAAUUUCACGGGGCAAUGGAGCAGAAGUUUCUUUUAGUCGACUGCCACACAGCGAUUUAUGGCUCAUACAGCUUCACUUGGUCUUUUGAGAAGAUCAAUCUGAGCAUGGUGCAGAUCAUCACAGGCCAUCUGGUGAAGUUGUACGAUGAGGAGUUUCGAACGCUCUAUGCCCGCUCGACUGUGCCAGCGGAACUGUGCCUCCCAGAGGGCUUGUUCCAGCUCAAUGGGCCACAUGGACGACAGGUCUUACCAAAAUCGCUUCCUGCCCAGAAAAUUGAGCGGAGGGACCUGCUGAGGCACACGAUGGACGAGGUCUAUCGGAAGACCUGUGAGAGGAAACUGGGCAUGAGAGACUUUGAAGAGAGGCUCUUUGAGGAGGAACCCAACAACCGUGGUCCCUUCAUUGAGAAUGGGACAGGUGUUAUGAACCAGAUGUCCCAUUUUCAGUCUGCAGAGGAGAUGAACCUCUUGAAAAGGCACAGCUAUGCAGGGGAGAUACAAGAUGAAUAUAUGCCGCAGAUGAUCAAGACCAGAGCGAGCCAGUGGAAUAUCUCCAGAGAACCAGGACACGGAAGAAACAACUAUCCCAAGGACCAUUAUUUACAAGUGCCACAGAUAUACAGAGGUCAAAACAUGUGUCAGCCUUACAAUGACAGCAACACACAGAUUCUGUCCAUGCAGCAAAAUAUGCCAACACUGGAGAAUACCUCAAAGUCGUUCAUGCGCAUAUUGCGGAUCGAGUCUUACCUCAAAAACCCAGACGUGCCUUUCGGGGAGUCUUGUGACUAUUUAGACCAGUUUGAACCGAUGGACAAAGGUGGCUCCUACAUGCAGGGACGGACUAGGUCUUCCUAUGUUUUCAGGCCCACUCCACCGGAGCAAAUGGAGCCAAACAGACACAUAAACAACACUUCCUCGGCAGCGCCACCUUUGCACUACACAUCGAUGCAGUGGAAUCAGACAGCAGCCGGUGAGAAUAGGAUCAAUAACGACGAAUUCAUGUUGAAGAGGCCAAGUUUGCAGAUUUUGAAUGACAAUCGCAGCAAUGCAAGUUAUGGUCCAGGGAGAGACUCUUACCACUCUGCUUAUGCCAGUCUAGGCAGAGCCAAAGGUGGACAGAUGAUCACAAACCCUAACAUCCUGACAGACAAAAGGCAUAGCCUGGCAGAUCCAAGAACAAACACUGAGUACCCACAGGAAUCCUCAGAUUACAAGUAUGGAGCUUUUCCAAGGGGGCCAGUGAAUAGGAGCACAGCAGGGAUCAAUGCACAAAAUGGCGGCUAUGGAUCAUAUCUGAAUGAUCAAAGAUCUGUCUCUCAUUAUGAUGUAAAGAAUAUCACAGGCACAAAGAGUCCCACUUCUCCCAAAUGGCAAGAGCCACCAUCCAGGACUGUGUCUGCUGCAGCGCUGGAUGUGGAUACCAACAGCAAGGGCUCUCAGCCUUUUUCCCACAACAACGGCAACAAAAUAAAGUCCUUAUUGCACACACCAGAGAAAAGAGAGGAUUCAGUCGGAACAAUGGAAACAUUGAGUCUCAACUCAGGUGAAAGCACAGACACUUUAACAGGUGCGGAUGAGGAGAAAAUGUCAGACAGACGUGAAAAACUUCACCAGAACAAAUCUAACUCAGUGAGGUCCUCGGAGCACGGGAGGAACUGGCUAAAGGACGACCAUCUCAACUCUUCAAAACCCCAGUUCACAACAGAGGAGCGCCGACAUUCGCCGCAGGUCUCCCUCCCCAGAAGAACCACAGGGACGAAACCCGUCGCUCCUGACAUAAAGGCCCGCCCUGACGGAGGCAGUUGUACAAAAACCCGCGGCGCGGAGAGUCGCCUGUACAGCAGAUUUGAGCCUUUCUGCUCUUUGGAAAAGAAACAUCCUCCGCGCUCUCCCCACGGCUUUGAAAACACACGCUCUCAGACCCAGAAAACCAGAAGCCCUCCUAAAGCCGAGGCACUCGCUGAACACAGCCUCAGCCGGGCUGCCCGAGGACACCAUGAAAACAAGCUGGAGAGAUUUUUUCAGAGAGUGGGGAAUCUCAUACACAAGAACAAGUAGUGACAGUCUACACAGGUCCCCUACGACAAACGCACACUUGUCUGGUAAAGGUUAUAUUUGUGUUGACGGCCUUCAUUUCUGUGUUUACUUACAUACAUUACUUACUCUGCUUCUUUAAUUUUUGCACUGAUGAAUACCAGCCAAAGGGGGAUGGAGUAUAGAUUUUAUACAUAUACAAGCUGAAGACUUUUAUGUGACAGAAUCUUAAAGCGCCACUUCCACGCCGUCUUUGUUUGUCUUCCCCUGGCGUCAACCUCGGCAAAAUAUAUCAAAUGCUUUCACCUGAUGUUUGGGACGCUUUGAAAGACAGCUGUGUCAAAAUGUCUGGGAUGUAUACAAUACUUGUCGCUGCAAGUGUAGGCGUGUGCAUCAGUGUGUGGUUGUGUUUCGUCAGAGGACCCUGCCCUAGUCUUUUCGGCAUGUUUAGGUAAAGAUGUUACGUAUGCGUUCGACACACACACACACACACACGCUCAUCACCAUGCCACAUGAUGAAACACCAGUACGUCAUCACAUCCUUGACGUUUAUGUGUCAGACAGAGGUUUUAUGAAUUCUAUGGGCGGUGUAAUAAUUUCGUACGAUACACAGUGCGUUUAGUACAUUUUUGUACUGUUUUUUUUAUUUCAUGUAUUGAAUCUUUUAUAAACUUAGAGACUGGAUUUGAAAAACAUACAGCAGUGGCUGUGUCCAACAGGAUUAAACUGUAAACCAGCGACAGAGGCUUACAGAGACAUCAUUCAUUCAAAGGUUUGUUUUAUGAUAUGAACAUUGUGCCUCAAGGGAAAAUUUUAAAGAAACCGGAGCAUUGGUGGGGCCUGUUUUAAUAGCCCCUUUACACAAAAGAAUGAAAAUACAAUUCCAGGAUUCAAGUUGGUUUUGUAUCAAUAAUGGUUUAUUUCCGGACUUAGAUGCCUUACGUCCACUUUCAGCUUCACAGACAGCUAUAGGCUAGAAAUAAUCCAAACUAUUCCCCUCAUCAUUACAAACUGAAACAAUGCCAUUUCUGCUUUGGAAUGAGGUGACGUUUAUGGCUAGAGAGAAAAACCAGAACUUAAUACAGAGUGGUCUAUUUCACGAAUAACAAAAAUGCAGGCUACAAUAAAAAAUAUAUGUUAACUGGCAUUUAGAUAAUAAAUUGUUUUCUGAAAGGAACACACAGAGCCAGUCAGGAAGAUUUAAAAGGCAACAGCAGGUCGAUGAGGAUAAAUCACGCCUACCUGCUCGUGAAGACAUGGAUUGACAGUAAGAUUACAUUACAAAACAGGCACCAGUAGUUUUAGUUUCAGAUGAGAGACAGGGAGAGAGAGAGAACCGUGACCCGCUGAGUUUCAAGAGAGAGAGAGAGAGCAGAACCUAGUGCCCCUCCAACAUUGACCCAAGUGGAAAUGGCAAGUUUCCCCACAAUGAAAAGGGAAAUUUGCAUGCGCUGCAGUGGCUUUUCUCCAAUAAGUGUAUAUAUUGUCUAUACAUAUAUAUAUAUAUACAUAUAUUAUAAGUGGGUAAAAGGUUGAUUUCUUGUCUUGUCUUGUCUGUCCCUGUCCUCCAAAGAAGAUUAAUAUGGGUGAAACAUAGCUAAGGCUGCCUAUGCGGUACACAAGCCCUUGGGGGCUUCACAGGGACAGUUCAAGGAUUUCAUCUGCCUCCAUGUUUUACUCAAGAUUUAAACAGAAGGCAAAUCGCCAUUUGUAUGCAAGAAUGUACCUCAUAUAGUCGUAGAUAUUCAGGUUUUUUUGCCCUAAAACUAAAUAUGCAGCAGCAUUUAAUUGGUUAUUCGGAUGAGCUGAGUGAGAUUAGUGAGGAUGCAGUGUCUAUUUGUAAACACUCAAGAUUCACUUUCAUAGUACUCACUCUGUGGUGCCGGUGAGAGGUUGCCAUAUGACGGCAGGAUAUGAUGGAAUCAUGUAAAUUAUAUGCUUAUUUGUUCAUCCAUCCAUCCAUCCAUCCAUCCAUCCAUCCAUCCAUCGUCUACCGCUUUAUCCAUUUAAGGGUCGCGGUGGGGGCUCGAGCCAAUCCCAGCUAACAUUGGGCGAGAGGCCGGGUACACUCUGGACAGUCAAAAGACAACAUCACAAAUUAUAAAAAGGUCAGUAAAUGAAAGGAACUUUGCUCUAAAAUUGGAAGCAAUUUGCCACUCUCCAUGUGGUGAUUGCACCAAGGUUAAGAAGAGGAAAAUGAUCUGCAGUCAGAGCUCCAUCAAGCUUUUAUUAGCAACGUUUUGACCCAACACAGAUCCUCUAGGCAACUGAUUAUUUGAAGAUCAUAAAAACAAUGGUGAGAGGAGGAAGCCUACAAAGGUCAAAUUUAAGAUUACAGGCAAAACACAUGCUAUUGUAAAGCGAAAAUCCACAUUUAUCGCAUAACAAUUGAAAUGCAUCGGAGGGGUAAAAAAAGCUGAGAUGUACUUCACAUUUCCAGACCUAUUUUUCCCAGAAAUAAAAACCUCUUGUGCCUGAAAAUCA